CAUGUCAACAUUGAAUUAUACGUUGGUCUGACCCCCGAAGAAGCAAAGCUUGUGGGCAACGUACAUAAUAGGGCCACCUCUUCCAAAAGUAUUCUUUUCCAGGAUUUGGUGCGCCAGGCCCGUUCAAUUUACAUAAGAGAUGAAACGGGGGAUAAAUGGAAAGACACAGCGACAGUUGUUCUUUCCCAUAUCCAGCAGAAGAAGUGUUCCAAAGACAGUCUUUGGGUGGUGUUUAGUGUGGCUGCCUAUUGCAAUGAGGCGUAUACAGAGGCUGAGCGUAUUUUCAACCUUUGGGAAAGCGUUGAAGUUCCCCAACAUUUGUUUAAAGCUUUGAUGGGGAUGGAAGAAGAAGUUCGGUGCCAGUAUCUUCGACGAGUUGAAGUACGGCCCGACUUGAAAAAAAUUACGAACAAUCUCAAAACGGAGAAAAAAAGGACUAUUCUGAAAGAAGUCUUCUUGGAAAAAACGCAAUGUUCCACAUGGGAAGAAGCGGAAGAGACCUACGAGCCAUAUGUUCACAUGGUAGAUGAUUACCUGGAUUUUAACAUCAAUAGACGAUGUGUUCCUACAGAGUUCGUAAAGUUUUGUGAUGCCGCCAAAGAACAUCGGGCCAUGGAGUCUGUAGAUAUAUCAGUUGACAUCAACUUAACAUCAAGGACUCACCAGGACUUGAUAAACCACAACAGCAUCAAGUCCCUUGUAACAUCUACUAAAAGAAAACUGGAAGACAGAGUCCGGCAGAUCUUGAAGAAAAUUAAACCAGAUGACUGAUUUCUGUCCAAUUUUUUGUGCUUUUUUGCAUAUUAUUUUUUUUUUAUAUGUUGGAGUGUUUUCUAUCGGGGGCGGUAAUUUGGCCGCUCUGUUUUUCCAUCUUUCAUUUAACUUUUGACAUGUAAUUAAAUAUCCCAUGUGACUGACUUAAGAAGUUAAAUGUGUUUUGUAUUAAUUGUUUUGAAGAGUAAUGGUUUCGUCGU